UAUCUCAGCAUCGCGGUCCCUUUGAUAAUCAGGGGAGAGACAUGGGCAGACGUUCUAGACCACGGUCGAUAUCUCUGAUAGUCUGACUAUCCCGACCCCUGGUUCUGAUGUGGCGGGAGGAUAUUGCGUUUGCCUGUCUUGUAGUUGUAAUGUGUUUAAUGCCUCUGGGACAUUUGAGGCGAGCUUCUCCGUUGUCGCCGUCAAACUGCGACUCUGCCGUGAACAAGUGUCGGUGCACUACCCCGAACGACUAUCCGUCCCUUCCAGACCCGGGACGUCAUCAUACGAUGUCAGCCACCUGUGAUAUCGUGGAGUCUCAUGGAGACACAUCUGACCUUUCUCCUCACGUCACACAACAGCUACCCUCACCAUCUAUGGGCGCUCAUUGCACGGAAUUCGAGGACUACUGCGCCUUCGCUAGAGGCAUGUUCCUGAUAGGGCUGAGAAUGUGCCUCCCGAAGGCCUCAAGGUCCGAUUGACAUGGGUGUCGUUGAAGCCGACGGAAGACGGCGAUUUGGUUCGGGACUGGCCGCUCAAAAAGGUAUCCAGGAAUGGCUGGUAACGUGACGAGCCGAGUUAUGUAAUUGAUACUGGCAGAUAUUCUGGGAUGAGGCUCAAGAUUGACC